AUGAAAUUUGAACUAACAAAACCUUUGUCUCGAGCAUCUGCAGUUGGGGGAAAUUUAACUUUUCUUGGUUUUAGCGUCAUGCAUCUUACUUCACAUGUUUGCAUCAAAGUUUUUCUCUGCUUAAAUGAAUGGAAAAUGCAAUUAAAACAAAUAUCAACUGAGAUAUUUUGCUUGAAAGAGAUUCAUAAUCAAAGAUCAUUAAAAUCAAAUCACAAUCAGGAAAUUUCACAAAUAGAGAAUCCUAAUUUUAAGAAUAUUGCUCGAAGUUCAAAUAAAAUUUUCAUUAAAUUCAAUUAUGUUCAUGCAUGA